AUGGACCCGAACACUUCAAUCGAAAAUCCUGCUUAUACAGACCACACACUACAGCAGCAGCCGCAACAGCAGCAGGAUACUGGUUUGGCAGACUCCAAUGAUCAACAACCUAAACGAUCAAAAAAGAGAAAGAAGAAGGUAGAGAUGGCAUGUGUUUACUGUCGCCGCUCCCACAUGAUUUGUGACGAUUCAAGGCCGUGUCUGCGGUGCAUCAAGCGAGGUAUUGGCCAUCUUUGUCAUGAUGAGCCGACACCAGGACGCCAGAAGAAGAGACCUGAUGGAAACGGAAACGAAAACACCGUAACGCCGCCUCCAAUGACAUCUGGGGACCACAAAAACGUCAAUACUGCAACGAACACGAAUGGAACUCCAUCAGUGUUGCAAACUGGUAUUCAGCAGAGCUCGAGAAAUGGCAGUAAUUCGAUGUUAACAAAAGCACUACCUUUCAACCAGGAACCCUUUUUCUACUCUGAACACGCGGGUAGCGAGUUCAGUUCGCUUAACGACUUUUUGUCCAUGAUCGAUGACCCUGAACUAGUUAAUGGUGCUCUUAACGUGGGAUCGGCUAACGCAGAUGCCCUACUACCCUUUACACUUGGCCCCGACCUGUCAAGUAACUCCAACACAAACCUCAACAAUCUUCUAGCAUUUUCACCUCCAAAUACGCUGAUGGCUACAUUCCCUGUGCAACAAAACAUACAAGUUAAACUGGAGCAGCCAAUGACGACACAAGAACAAGCACCAUUUAUCGACAGAAAUACAGAGCACAUUUCUUCAGCUGAAUUCUCGAAGAAUAAUUCAGCAACCAACUUGACAGAUGGCAACCACCAGCCAAUCAUAUCGGAUUCGGCCAGAGACAAGUUCUUCUUGACUGCCGCCGACCCUACCACAGAAAUCUCUCCAGAGGAGAGAUUAAAGCAGGUCAUUAAGGCUAAACUUGAAGCUGGCUUGUUGCAACCUUAUAACUACGCUAAGGGAUACGCUCGGUUACAAAGCUAUAUGGAUAACUACAUGAACCAAUCAAGCAGACAGCGCAUUCUCAAACCGCUUUCGAUUUUCCGUCCUGCCUUCAGAGCAAUCGCAAGGACUCUUAAAGAUGUUGAUUUAGUUCUUGUGGAGGAAAGUUUCGAGAGAAUGCUUUUGGACUACGAUCGUGUUUUUACGUCCAUGGCUAUACCUGCUUGCCUCUGGAGAAGAACCGGGGAAAUCUAUAGAGGAAACAAGGAGUUUGCCUCUUUGGUAGGGGUUACAACCGACGAUUUGAAGGACGGAAAGCUUGCAAUUUAUGAGCUCAUGAGCGAAGAAAGUGCUGUUAACUUUUGGGAGAAGUAUGGUGCCAUUGCUUUUGACAAGGGACAGAAAGCUGUACUCACAAGUUGCAAUUUACGUACCAAGGACGGUUUCAAAAGGAAGAGCUGUUGUUUCAGCUUCACCAUCAGAAGGGACAGGUAUAAUAUUCCCAGUUGCAUUGUCGGAAACUUCAUCCCCAUUGAUCCCUGA